UGGAGCGCAACGGGCUGGCGCCACACCGGGCACAUCUGUGGCUCCGGUCACAGACGUGCCUCCGGCUUCUCCCGCUGAUCGCGGAUCGGUAUCGGCAGCAGCCCUGUCUGAUGUGGCGGCUGCCCUGGCGGCACGCGUCACCGCUGCCGCGUCACACUGUACUGGUCCCGCAAUGCUACUGCCUUCAGUGGCCGCCGUGCUGCAGCUGCCCAUGAUGUCGACAUCAUUGCCAGCUCCACCUGCAGGAGCAGUAGAUGGCACCACAGGAUUUGUGGCUCCCGCCCCUCCGGUCGAACAGCUGUCAGCGGCGCAGCAGCAGCAGGCUGCCGCCGUUGCGGCUGAGCUGGAGCGCCGGCGCAUCGAGCGUGAGAGGCGCCGCCAGGAGAAGGAGCGGCGUCGACAGGAGAAGGAGAAGCGCAGACAGCGCAAGCUGAUGGCGCGCGCCUCGGCCGCUGCUGACACCAACAUAAAGAAAGCACUGUUGGAACGACAACGUAUUAGUGAAGGUCUGGUGGGCACUAUUGUCGGAGAAGGAGAAGUCGACAUUGAGGAAAUGAAGCUACUAGAGGAAGCUAUGCAGGAAGUGCCAGAAAUGGAUGACGAAGCUGGUGGAGGCGAAGAUGCGUCAGCUACACCCUCACCAGGAUCACGAAAGCGCCGCAAAACUUCCUCGGUUCUUCUCGAAGUGAAGCCCCUUCCUCCUGCAGGCCGGGGAAUACUUGUAUCUCCCGGUUUCAGGGACAAGCCACUGAAGACCGCUAUGGCAGACCGUAAGUCUGUCAAGUUUGCAGACGGCGUCCAGCCGGGUGAAGGCACGUCACCCUCUGGAGGAGAGGACCUGCCAUCACCUCCUCCACCUCCCCGCAAGCUACCGAAAGAGAAGCGCUUCAAGAAGAAGAAGAAAAAGAAGAAGGUGAAGGUAAAAAUUAUUAGACACCUCAAUGUAGAAGAGGUUGUCGAGGAAGAUGAUGAUGAAGAUGAUGACAGCUCGCCACCACCACCUCCGCCAGGUUCACCUCCGCCACCUCCUGCAUAUCCAUAUCCUGCAUACCUGGCUGCCGGAUAUGCAUAUCCUUAUGCUGUAGUCCCAGGUGUAGAAGCCCCGAGUGCAGCGUCAGUUAUUGGCAAUGCAGAUCGAACAAUAGCAGGUGGAGCAUCGGCUGCUGUGGCACCCAGAACUCCAAGCCCAACCACCGUCUACAGCUCGGCAGCAGUGGCAGUAGCAGCUUCCACGGCCUACCGACCCGCAUCCGUGCCGCCUGCCACCCCGUGAACUCCCACCGUUGUGGACUCCACAGUGUGAAAUUCAGCUCGAGCACCUCGGGUGAAAUCAACCUCCCUCUGUGUUAAACAUGAGUGUAUCAUUUAAAUAUAUUGUAGUGUCUCAGGUUGACAGUAAAUAUGUUCCAGUGGAAAGCAGUCGUGCUGUGUGCAGACUGGAAAUGUGUACAGUACCAAAUGUGAAAUAUAUAAAUUUUGCCAGAACAGAUGUCACACAUUAGCAUGUAGAUUCAUUAUUUUGUGGUUCGGUUGCAGUGCCUACAACAACAGUUCUCAGAAAACAGAUUAAUAACUGUGGCAGCUGCUUGAAUGUACAGUUGUGUCAUACUUCUGUAAUUAAUGUGGUAAGUAAUUUACUGGACUGCUGUCAGAACCUGUCAGAUUUGAAAAUAAUGCAAGUGUUAGACAUUGGUGAACAUUCUCGAUGAUUGUUUGCCAACUGUGUGUGAGUAUUUCACUGAAUGGGGGGGAGUGCUGCAGAGAUUAUUCUGUCAUGUACUUGCACAAUUCUGCUGCAAUGUGUAGUGUGAGACAAUGAUGUGGCUGUGCCUGUAGUAGUAGUAGGAGACUACCACAGCUUUUGUUGACAAUUUCUCCUUGUGAAAAGAUGUGGGGUGAAAGACGACAUUCCCCUAUGUGAUAAGGGUUUGAGGUUUGCUGGUCUCCACUGUUCUUCAAUCAAUUUAUACAUGUUUUCAUUUUGGUUAACUUGAAGUUGAUGCUGUUGUCUUAUCCACAACAAAUUGAUGUUGAUUAUGUACGUAAGUGAAUAUUGAUGCUGUUGCCUCACUCACAACAAACUGAUGCUGAUUAUGUUAGUAAGUGAAUACUCUAUUUCUUAUUCCUUUGAUAUGCAUUGUUAUAAUUUGGUGUGUAGCACCGCUGAUAUUUCCCUUAUUUGUAUGCCCAAUGCAAGUCGUGUUCUUUUCCUUCUAACAUUACACAUUCCAUAUUAAAUGGAUACUGUUACCUGUGGAAUCCUUAAAAUAUUUUGUAUGAAAAUAUUUUGAUUCACUUACUUUAUAUGGACUUCUUUAACUGUUGUGAUAGUUCCAAAAUUGUUGACUUCUUUUCCUGACUGUUGCUGAUAGAUCAGUGGACUGUAGUUAUACAUGUGGCACGCAACACUUCAUUGGACGUAAUAUCCUUUCAUAUUGUUUAAUUUUCUUAGUAUCAGAGAAAACAAAUUAUCAUUAUUUUUGCAAGUACUGUGUCACAGUAGAUCGCAUAUGAUGUAAGUGGUUCAAAGGGUUUUUGUUGUAAUGUAAUAGCUCCCUGUGCCUCCCCAAAGUUUAUUUGCUACCUCGUAACUUGUAUAAAAAAUUCUUUUGGAUUUGAUGAUGCCUAAGUUCUUUCUGUUGAGGGUUAAUAUGAAAAUUUAAUCAUGUUCACAGCAAUAUUUGUAAUGUAAUGCUGAUGAUGACAGGUUUAUGUGUGUGUGUGUGUGUGUGUGUGUGAGAGAGAGAGAGAGAGAGAGAGAGAGAGAGAGAGAGAGAAUAAACAUAUGCUAACUUCGAUAGACCAUUUAUAAAAAUUUUAUGAAUGUAAAAUUUUGAGUGCUUCAGGUACAUACAAUUCAGAAAUUCCUGCUAUUACAUUUCUGUGUGUAGAAAGAAGAAUUUACCAAGGCAUCCUUACCUGAAUAUGUGAAACUUCUACCCAACAACUGCUAAAUCUUAUUGUAGGCUGAGAGAUACCUUAUGUUAUUAAGCAUAUCUUUUUCCACAGAAUGAUCAAAGUUAACAAUUAAAUAUAACCAUUGUUCCUGCUGUAAUGUGCAAAUGCUGUUAUUUGUAUGGUUUCUAAAGUGUUCAUAACUUACAGGUUCCAUAAUCAGUUGUUAUAUCUGUGAUGACAGUCUGUCCAGUUCAAAGACAAUUUAGUGAAAAGAAUCACAUAAUUUGAAUUGAAGUUCAGUGGAAUGUGAGCAUGUGUAUCUAAUUUAGUCGUGUUCUCUCUCUUCUCCUCCUCCCCCCCCCCCCCCCCCCCCCCGCUCUCUCUCUCUCUCUCUCUCUCUCUCUCUCUCUCUCUCUCUGUGUGUGUGUGUGUGUGUGUGCGCGCGCGCGCGCGCCAGUUUCCUUCUUUUUAACAUUAGCUCAUUGUAUUUGCUAUUUUUUGAUGAAUUUUUGAUUUGAAUAACUACACAUUACUUUGUGUAAAUCAACAUAUCUCCUAGGUUGCUUUUCAUGGUUUAGCAUCCUGAAUUUGCUGCUGUUUAGUAGUUAUUUUCACUGGUAGGUGGAAAAGAACGGCAUGGCAAUUGAGAUUAUAUGUUGUAGAUGUGUGCCCAUAUUUAAAAGAUAUAUGUUUUAAGCAUAUUUUGUUUCAGAAUUCAGUGGGAAAAAUACUGUGAGACUGAUUGUAUAUGUGAGUUUGCUUACUCCAGUAGAUUAAAAUGACUGACAUUAGUGUUACCUUUUAUUGACACAAUGAAAGAAUUAGAUGAUGUCAUUAUCAUGAAAGAUAUAGUAUAUUGUGGGUGUGUUGUAAUUGAAAACUUUGUGCCAGUCACUAUAUACAGACAAUGUCUGAGGAAAAUUGUUUUCCAACAUUUUAAUGUUUUUCAGCAGAUGUUUCGCGCAGCAUAUUUCUGAACCUGUAACAGACUGCAUAGCUGCAAUUAUCCAGUGAGGCAUGUUUGUUGGUUCCCAAUUGACAAAUAUAUACAAUGUUCCGUGUAAGCAACUAGCAGGUCUCUUUGUGUGCCCUUCAGUUUGGAAUGUGUUGUAAUGUUACUGAAAAGGAAAGUCAAAAAAGUGCAAAGAAAAUAUUAUAAUGUUUGUUUUAUAUACUAUCAAACUGUCCAUAAUAAUAAGAACUUUGGUUGUAAUGUAAUAAAUGUAGAAUAAAUGUCUAUGUGUAUGUGUAUAUAAUGAUAGAUAUGCAAUUAAUGAAUUUUAUUGACAACUUGUUGUAGUUGUAGGCAGUUCCUAAUCAUGAUGAAUUGUUUGUAACUCAGAGCUGAAUGCAUUUUGUUGUAUCUAAGAAACUUAUUGUGAAAUUUUACACAUUUUGUGUGAAAAGAGACUAGAUCAAGGGAAAAAAUGAAUUUUAUCAGUGUUUAGCAUUGCAGAAAGUAUGAUCACAGUUCUGAUUCAAAAAUACAUUUAUUAAUCUAUGUGAUGUCAUUCUUAUUGAGAUGAGCGAGCCCCAGCCUGUGAAGGAGCACAACUGUUUUGUAACCAUGAUCAUUAUGGGUGGAAACUUUAGUCAUUUUAACACUUGUGGACCUUUUUGGACUCUACACUUGUUUAACGGAUUCCCUUCCGAACAACAGAUCCCAUGGACAAAGACUUCUUAAACCGUUUUUUUUUUUUUAUGACUGCUGCUCUCUUAACACUAACUUUCAUGUAUGUAAGUGCUUAUGCAGUUAUAAUUCAUAUACAGAGUGUAGCAAAAAUGUUGAAUUAUACAUAACAGUUGUCAUCAUCGUACUCAUAAUUGUAAUCAUAGUGGACAAUGCAGUCCAUACCACUCAUAUAAGAACUCAAGGGUAUUUUUCUGUCUCUUCCAUGGGCAUUCAACAGUUUUGUAGAACAAAGCCUUUUUGACACCAUUUUGUUGUAAUUCAUAAUCUGUGCUCGUACCAGUUGCAUUUUUGUUCCCUUGUUCAUUUAUUCUUCUCUUCUCUCUUGAAAGCCCAGUUUCACAACCAUAUAACAGCAUAGGCACUGCCAUCACUUUAUAAAAUUUUGUUUAUGUAACCGUACUUGUUUUGUUGAUAAUAAAAGUUUAUAUCAACAUGA